UAUGUCAUUGUGGUUUUAGUUUGCAUUUCCCUAAUGGCAUUGAGUAUCUCUUAUGCUUAUUUGCCAUUCCUAUAUCUUUUUUGGUGAAGAUAUAUCUGUUCAUAUUUUUCCCCGCUUUUAUUGGGUUAUCUUACUAUUGAAUUAUAGGAAUUAUUUAUAUAAAGACUUACUUUUAAAUUUUCUGACCAAAGCAGCAUAUGUCAUGGAGUUAAUUCAGUGUGUAAGUGAGAAUAAUGAAAAGCUUAGUACUUAUAGAAUGCUGUUUUGCAUGUGUAAAUAACUAAAAAAUAGAUUUAGUAGAAAUAUAAAGUAUCUUGUGUGUGCCACUCCUUUUGCCCAAGAUAAAUGAACGCAUUUCUGCAAAUCUGUUCCAGUGAAUGCUGAAUUUUUUGUUUGCUUCUUUUUUUAAAUCUUUGAAGUGAUAGUUGUUGGUUAGUGUCCAGAUGCUACGAGAACCUGCCUUAUAGCUGUGUUUCAGGUGUUUAUUAUAAUCAUACCUAUCUGUUCCAAAUAGUGUGUCUCAUCUGCCUCAUACAAUGUGGAGAUAACUGCCAAAUAAACUUUUAGAAACAUUGAAGACCCAUUAAAAAGCCAACUGAAGUAAAUAUUGGCUCAUGGUCACAUGAUCACUGUAAUUAUAAAAGGGGGAAGUGUGGCUUAUUUUACAUCAUAAUUGGUUAAAACUCAAUGGCAUUUUUGUGUAUAUGUAUAUACUCCUCUGCCUAAAUAAAGCCCUUAAGUAAAAUUAGAAAUGAUGCCAUUAAUUAUUGGAGUGUUGUGGUGUGUUUACAUCGUCUCUUUUGACAGACGGUGGGAGAUCACAUUUCAGUUAUAAUGCCUUUUGUUAAUAAAAAUAUUGAUACUUUUCUGCAGCUCUCUUCUCUGAGAAAUCUAUGCACAUACACCCCCUAGCAGCUGUGGAUUAUGUUAUUUUCCAUUACUUGAACUCCAGUUUUAAAUAGAGGGAACAACCUGCCCUAAGCUUACUAUAUCAAAAAGGGAAAUGAUUUUCAAAAGUAAUGGGAGAGGGGUUGAGUUCAAAAUCAUUUUUUUGGGAGGUUAUGUUAUCUCACUGAAUUGUAAUCUAAAACAUGUGGGUCGUUUGGGUCUUAAUCAGGGUAACCUAAGGUUUCUUAGGCAGACCGUUGUCCCCUACAUUUGAACCGUUUUUUAUUUCCUGGAGCAGACUAUUAUUAAAACUUGUUCAAGGAAGAAAUUAUAUGAGCAACUAUUUAAUAUUACAUGUGAGUGUGGUGUAUGUUCUUAAAUAGUUUUAUCAUUCAAAAAAUGAGUCCCUAUUUUGGCCCCAUUCCAUAGAGGAAUGAGAAGUAUUUACAAGAUGUAGGGGAAGAGAGAGGGUGCAAUUCAUAGGGAAGAAAUUCAGGUCAGCCUAAUUUUUUUACCCUGCACCCUAACACUCUGGGACUCAAAUUCUGAGAUUAUGUCGUGGUUGUUUCAUUACCUUCCCUGAGAGAAUAUUUAACUCACAGGGAAUUCUGUUUUUUGAGUUUGAAUCACUUGAGUUAACAGUAAAUGCAGUGAGUCUCUCUACUUCUUUGUUAUUCCUUCCUUCUUUUAUUUAUUCUUUAAAUUUAACAUAGGAUUACGCCAAUCCUUUUGGUUCUUCAAAGGGAACAUUCAAAUAAAUUCUUUUAAAGUCCACAUCCAAUGAAAUAUUAUAAUCGUGAUCUGAUUAUGGCAGAGUUUGACAGUGGAUUUAAGUUAGUUAUUCUCUUGUUUGUCUUACGGGGAGAGACUGGUAAUUUAAAAAUGGUCCUUCAGAAGAAAUAUGAUAUUCAACUCCAAAGGAAAAAAAUGUUUUUCAGAAAUUAAAAAAAGACCUAAAACUUUAGUUUUUGUUUCAAAUUUUGGCUCCUCGUAAUGCUUUCAGAAAUUUAAACUGUUAGAUGAAAUGACUAGAACUAGUUCUCUAGGAAAUCUGAGUAGUUAAUACAGAGUAAAAACAUAAUCAUGUAGGUUUUCUUGAACUUUUACAUGUAUGUAAUAUUUGUUCUUUCUCUAAAACAGUUGAUGGGCCUGCUGGCUGAGCCUAGAAAUUGGUUCUGUAAAGCAAAAAAGCAGACUCGGUUAAUUGUGAGAAUAUAUUUGUACACACGACUGGAAGGAUAUAAUUUAAUAAAAUAAAGGCCCCUUCCCAAAUAGCUUCAAGUAUUAGGACCUAACUUACAUGCAGAAAUAGUGAUAGCAGAGACCUCAAAGGAUAUAGUUCUGGGGGAGCAUUCUACUGAGGGUAUCAGGGUCUAAAUGUGCUCCGCUGACUUAAAACCCCUACCUUUGCUCUUUUGAAAAGCUGAACAUUUGUUUUGCCUUUGUGUCCUGCCAUUCCUCCAAAGAACAGAAGGCAUAAUAUAAAACGUGAUACCUCUCCUUGCAUUCUAUGAGAUUACAGCAAAAUGGAUAUACCAAAUCCCCCAACUUCCAAAUGUAUCACUUACUGGAAAAGAAAAGUUAAAUCUGAGUACAUGCGACUUCGACAACUUAAACGGCUACAGGCAAAUAUGGGUGCAAAGGCUCUGUAUGUAGCAAAUUUUGCAAAGGUUCAAGAAAAAACCCAGAUCCUCAAUGAAGAAUGGAAGAAGCUUCGUGUCCAACCUGUACAGUUGAUGAAGCCUGUGAGUGGGCAUCCUUUUCUCAAAAAGUGUACCAUAGAAAGCAUUUUCCCGGGAUUUUCAAGCCAACAUAUGUUAAUGAGGUCUCUGAACACAGUUGCAUUGGUUCCUAUCAUGUAUUCCUGGUCCCCUCUCCAGCAAAACUUUAUGGUGGAAGAUGAGACGGUUUUGUGCAAUAUUCCCUACAUGGGAGAUGAGGUGAAAGAAGAAGAUGAGACUUUCAUUGAGGAGCUGAUCAAUAAUUACGAUGGGAAAGUCCACGGUGAAGAAGAGAUGAUCCCUGGAUCUGUCCUGAUUAGUGAUGCUGUUUUCCUGGAGUUGGUAGAUGCUCUGAAUCAAUACUCAGAUGAGGAAGAGGAAGGGCACAAUGACACCUCAGAUGGAAAGCAAGGUGACAGCAAAGAAGAUCUGCCAGUAACAAGAAAGAGAAAACGACAUGCUAUUGAAGGCAACAAAAAGAGUUCCAAGAAACAGUUCCCAAAUGACAUGAUCUUCAGUGCAAUUGCCUCAAUGUUCCCUGAGAAUGGUGUCCCAGAUGACAUGAAGGAGAGGUAUCGAGAGCUAACAGAGAUGUCAGACCCCAAUGCACUUCCCCCUCAAUGCACACCCAACAUUGAUGGCCCCAAUGCCAAGUCUGUGCAGCGGGAACAGUCUCUGCACUCCUUCCACACACUUUUUUGCCGGCGCUGCUUCAAAUAUGACUGCUUCCUCCACCCUUUUCAUGCCACUCCUAAUGUAUAUAAACGCAAGAACAAAGAAAUCAAGAUUGAACCAGAACCCUGUGGUUCAGACUGCUUCCUUUUGCUGGAAGGAGCAAAGGAGUAUGCCGUGCUCCACAACCCUCGCUCCAAGUGCUCUGGUCGUCGCCGGCGUAGACACCACAUGGUCAGUGCUUCCUGUUCCAAUACUUCAGCCUCUGCUGUGUCUGAGACUAAAGAAGGAGACAGUGACAGAGACACAGGCAAUGACUGGGCAUCCAGUUCUUCAGAGGCCAACUCUCGUUGUCAGACACCCACAAAACAGAAGGCCAGUCCAGCCCCACCUCAGCUCUGUGUAGUGGAAGCACCCUCGGAGCCUGUGGAAUGGACUGGGGCUGAAGAAUCUCUUUUUCGAGUCUUUCAUGGCACCUACUUCAACAACUUCUGUUCAAUAGCCAGACUUCUGGGGACGAAGACAUGCAAGCAGGUCUUUCAGUUUGCAGUCAAAGAAUCACUUAUCCUGAAGCUGCCGACAGAUGAGCUCAUGAACCCCUCACAGAAGAAGAAAAGAAAACACAGGUUGUGGGCUGCACAUUGUCGGAAAAUUCAACUGAAGAAAGAUAACUCUUCCACACAAGUGUACAACUACCAACCUUGCGACCAUCCAGACCGCCCCUGUGACAGCACCUGCCCCUGCAUCAUGACUCAGAAUUUCUGUGAGAAGUUCUGCCAGUGCAACCCAGACUGUCAGAAUCGUUUUCCUGGCUGUCGCUGUAAGACCCAGUGCAAUACCAAGCAGUGUCCUUGCUAUCUGGCAGUGCGGGAGUGUGACCCUGACCUGUGUCUCACCUGUGGGGCCUCAGAGCACUGGGACUGCAAGGUGGUUUCCUGUAAAAACUGCAGCAUUCAGCGUGGACUCAAGAAGCACCUGUUGCUGGCCCCUUCAGAUGUGGCCGGAUGGGGCACCUUCAUUAAGGAGUCUGUGCAGAAGAACGAAUUCAUUUCUGAAUAUUGUGGUGAGCUCAUCUCUCAGGAUGAGGCUGAUCGGCGAGGAAAGGUUUAUGACAAAUACAUGUCCAGCUUCCUCUUCAACCUCAACAAUGAUUUUGUAGUGGAUGCUACCCGGAAAGGAAACAAAAUUAGAUUUGCAAACCAUUCAGUGAACCCCAACUGUUAUGCUAAAGUGGUCAUGGUGAAUGGGGACCAUCGAAUCGGGAUCUUUGCCAAGAGGGCGAUUCAAGCUGGUGAAGAGCUCUUCUUUGAUUACAGGUACAGCCAAGCUGAUGCCCUCAAGUACGUGGGGAUUGAGAGGGAGACCGAUGUCCUUUAGCCCUCCCGGGCCCCACACCAGCGCUUAUGGUAGCGGCACUGUCUUUGCUUCCAUGCACACACCACUGCUGCUCAAGUUUCCUGCACUAUGUGUCUCCCACACCGAGAAACCCCCCACCCACUUCCUCUGUAGUGAGGCCUCAGCUAUGUCCAGUGGGUACAAAACUGUAUCAGUGAGAGGGGGGACAGGGGCAGCUAGGGAUUGGGCUUCCAGGAGAGAGAGUUGCAGAAGUGGGAGACUGCACCUCAGGCCUCAGAGGAGGAGAGCACAGGCUGGGGGUGGGUGAUAUAUGCUUAUUUUCUUUUCAGCUACUUAGGCUGUGGGCCUCAGGAAUCAAUUGGACAGUUCCUAACAAGCAUUAGCCUAUAAUUCUAACUUUGUAAAUCAAGGGUCCUUAUGUAACUGGGUUGCCAGCAUAUCUGUCUGUGAUCCUAAGACCUGGGGAGGACAGGCUAAGUGAAGUUCAGUACCUGGAACUUAGGAGUGGUCUGGGUUAAUGGAAAGGCUGAUGGGCAACACAGACUGAAUUCAGAGGGGAGACAGGUCACCUUACUACCUCUUCUCUCCUGCAGAGUUCAGACUGAAAGAGUGUGGCCUCUAAGUAUAGCUAUUCAACGCUAGGGGAAGGAGAACUAAGUGCCAUCCUGCCAUAGACAGCGAGUGAGAGCCAGCCUGAUGAUAGUAGUUGAACUGGUAAGCCUGGGCCCAGCAGGCUGUGAGAAACCUUCUCUCUGCUCUGGAGAUGGAUGGAUAAGUUCUCAGAUUCCAGGAGCAGGUGCCAGUGCCCUGUCAGCUUCUUCCAAAGCUGGCUUAAUGACUGCAGGCAGGCAUUAUGCUGCUGCAGAAGAAAUGGGGUGUGCCAGGCUGGGUGUGAACAUUCUGGUUCCUUGGAUAUGUAGUUGUUUUUCAGGCCUUUCAUCCCCCUCAGAGGCUAGGCCCAUGGGGCCACGUUUCUUCUCUCUUCCAGGUAUUGGGUAUUUGCCUGGACUAAAGAAGGGGAAGGUCAGUGUGACUUUCGUGUCUAAAGCACCUGCUGUUGGGGAGGGAGAAUUGACAGUUUGGAGGUGAGGGACUGCCACAUUGUACAUGUGUAGGAUGGCAUCAUGCAUGCAGUGCAGAUGGGCAGAGGGUAGUUGAAGUGUCCAGAAGAAGAUGGUCCACCACCUGUGCUAGUCCAUGGUGCCAUUCUCUCUGGGAUUCAUGCAGAGCAAAGCACUUUAUUUCUUUUAGAAGGUCUGUGGAUUGAGGUGGAGUUUGAGCCAAGAUCUCUGGGCUCCGUGCCCAAAUCCCAUUUUAAGGUAGGGGGAAAGAGGGGAACAGGUGAAGAUUCUCUCUCAGUUCUGUCUCUCCUGCUGAAGCAGAAGGAGCUACCUUGACACAUAAGAACUGAAGGAGAAUGGGGCCAACUCUUAAGAGCUGCCCCAGUGUCUGUGGCUGGUGUGCUGAGCUAGCAGGGAAUAAGGAGCACUGUGCAACGUAGAAGGAUGUGGGCAGGUACAGACUGACCUAGAGAGUAUCAGAAUAGGGAGCAGGCUUCUCCCUUCUCCCUAGAGAAUCAGAGCCUCUCUUCUCCAGUCUGUGCUGACCACUCCCUUCCAACCCCGCUGGCCAUCCCAUGAAGCAGAGAGUGGGGUUUUUCUGGCCGAGCUGUUGCCUAGGGAUUUUGCACACACACACUCACAUUCUUGCACUCACCACACUUGUGGGCAUGCAUGCACUCAGCACUGAGCACAGCCCCAGCCAGCUUCUGACAGAAGCCUCUUCCCACCUGAUUGGGCCAGCCCCCACUGUGAUUCUGAAACCUACAUCUACUUGGGUUUGUAUUCACUGGGGACACCCUCUAGCUGGACUGCAGGCUCUGAAUUACUCAUAAAUUAUAUGGAAAAACCAGAGAUAGGCAAAGAAGGAGGAGUUAGGUCUGUCUGAAGUGCCAGGGGCUGGCUAUGAGGAAUAGGUUGGGAGAAAAUUACAUCAAGCCUUUGAGAGGCUAGACUGACCCCACCCUUCUGUCAGUGUACAGAAUCACUGUGGUCUAUCCCCUUCUUCCCCAGUUUCAGACCACUAAUACUCCUGUUCCUGCAGCAUUCCCAUUCUUUUUCCUUGCUAACCCCCACCUUUAAUGACGGGUCUCAACCCCUCCCCCCCAAGACAUGUAAUAAUGGAUGGAACACAAGGUGGUGGGGACCCAGGGGAGGCUGGUAUGUGUGCGGCUUUACUGCCAGUGAAUUUCACGCACUUUAAAGUCCUGUGGCUUGUGACCUCUUAUCUGAAUAAAGUGGUAGAGUUCA